GUGGUCAAAGUGCUAUCACCGCGCAGCAACGUACGAGGCAAACGAGGGCUGCGACUUGCAACUUUAUCUUUCACAAUCUGUUUUUCUCUUUAGCUCACAUUAGAUAGGAAUUUAAUGGUGAUUAGACCAAUAAUUAAUAGAAUUCUAGUAUAGUAGUUAUUUUGCCGGAGUGAAAAAAAGUUAGAAAACAAAUAUAAAGAAGAAAAAAUGGCUGUGGCAACUAGAGCAUUUUCAAAAUUUGCAGUUGGAAGUCGCAGUAGCCUCUUACGCACUCAAGUAAGAUUUAAUUAUACAGACACAAGAAAAAAUCUGGUAAUAGAUUCUAAUACAAAAGUCAUUUGCCAAGGAUUUACCGGUAAACAAGGAACAUUUCACUGUCAACAAGCUAUUGAUUAUGGCACAAAAAUUGUCGGCGGUGUUAAUCCAAAAAAAGCAGGCACCCAACAUCUUGGAAAACCUGUUUAUAAAUCUGUCAAAGAGGCGAAAGAACAAACGGGAGCUACAGCUACGGUAAUUUACGUUCCUCCACCCGGUGCAGCGUCAGCAAUAAUGGAGGCACUAGAAGCUGAAAUGCCUUUAGUUGUUUGCAUCACUGAGGGUAUUCCCCAACACGACAUGGUUAAAGUUAAAAGACGUCUUCUCGAACAAAGUAAAUCGCGUCUAAUUGGUCCCAAUUGUCCAGGAAUUAUUGCUCCCGAGCAGUGUAAAAUUGGAAUUAUGCCAGGACAUAUCCAUCAAAAGGGAAAAAUUGGAAUUGUCUCUAGGUCAGGAACGCUGACUUACGAAGCCGUGAACCAAACAACUCUUACCGGUUUGGGACAAACGCUGUGUGUUGGAAUUGGUGGCGAUCCAUUCAAUGGCACAGAUUUUAUCGAUUGUUUAGAAGUUUUUCUAAAUGAUUCUGCCUGCGAUGGUAUUAUUAUGAUCGGUGAAAUUGGAGGCAGCGCCGAGGAAAAAGCAGCGGAAUAUCUCAUUGAGAAGAAUUCGGGGCCAAAGGCAAAACCAGUUGUAUCAUUCAUUGCUGGAAUUACUGCGCCUCCUGGACGUCGAAUGGGUCACGCAGGUGCCAUUAUUUCCGGAGGUAAAGGCGGAGCUCAAGACAAAAUUGACGCACUUGAAAAGGCAGGCGUAAUUGUAACAAGAAGUCCAGCACAAAUGGGAAACACAUUAUUGAAAGAAAUGACCCGACUUGGUCUUGCCGGCAAAUGAAUAUUCUAAAAAGAAAAAUAAUUCUACUGCUAAUCUAAGUAGUUUCGUCUCCAUGUUCGUGUAUCUUCAUGAAUUAUAAAACAAAAAAAAUUAAAGCUUAAUUUCAUCUGCUAAAGGGAACGAGUCGUCAUAAAAGAGAAAGGGACUAAUAUUGAGAAUUAAACUGUUACUGUACAUGAUAUAAUAUUUAUAUUUAUAUAUACAUAUUCUACAUGCCAUUGAUAAAAAGAAUAAGACCUUUGAGAUUAUAUCCAAUUCUACAUAUUAUUGAACUCAACAAAGAAAGUUUUCUCCAUUUUUUCUAAUUCAGUUUUUAAUGAUUGUACAGUAUAUUACUAAGCAGAAAAAAAAGAAAUUCCCAACGAACGUUAUUUUUGUUCGCGAAUUGAAUAUUGUGAGGUCCACGCAAUUUUCUCCUUAUUAAAAUAUGAAAAAAAAAAUCUUGUAUAAAUUAUAGAUAAAUGUUUCUAGACAUUGACGUGAGUACCUCUUAAACUAUCCGUCAAAUUUUUAACUAUCGAAGAAUGCGUAUGACGCUUACAUUUUAUUGUAAAUUAUGUUGAAUAUCGAAAUAUAUCUAUUAAAGUAUUAAAAAAUCGAAUAAUUGAAA